AGGUUAAAGGUGAUGGGCGUGGCAGACGAAAAACUACCCGGUGACUACCUGGACAGAGAAGGGCUCGGUCCAGCCAAACACAGAAGAACAACAACAGUAGGACGAUUCUUCAACUACUGUAUAUUCUUGAAGACCAAACUAAGGCCCGAGGUUACAGGAAGUAUGGACUGGCAGGGGGGUGACUACAGCUUCCUCCAUAUCGAUGAGUUCUGGAGUUGCCUGGGGGUGACGGAAAUGAAGGACUUCCACUCAUGGCGGGAAAACUACCCGGUAACGGUGGCCGUCCUGGACUCCGGCAUUAUGAGGGAACAUGCCGCGUUCAGGCACCUUCCCGAGAUUCGGGGGAAGAACUUCACACGUGAGGGGGAUUCCUUAGACAUAGGUGACACAGAUGACGGGCACGGCACCCAAUGUGCAGCCAUCAUCGCAGGAGGGACGUACCAUGCGGAGGACGGGGGUGGACAGGCUGAGGACGGGUUCUGUAACGGAGUGGCCCCUUUCGUGGACCUCUUCAUCUGUAAGAUUGACAGGAAUGAUGUUAGGAGCGUCAUCGCCGCCAUUAAUGAGCUGAUCGACAAGAAGAAAGAUGGCUCCCUGAAGGUGGACGUGAUCUGCAUGCCCCUUGGGUUUACAACCUACAAUGCACAGCUGAGGAAGUGCAUCUAUCGGGCUUCACUCAAGAACAUGACAGUAGUCUGUGCGGCGUGUUGCGACGGGCGCAGGCGUACCCUCGGGGUACAGUACCCUGCCUGUUUCGGCGAUGUCAUCUGCGUGGGGAGUCACAACCAGCGCGGCCGCCCGUCCAAGUUCACUCCGGUGGGGAGGGAGCUGGACAUCCUGGGACCAGGGGAGAUCCGUUCGGCAACGCCGGGGAAGGGAGGGGAGACGAACGCCAUCUCUGUGGUGAAGGGAACAUCCUUUGCUGCUCCGUUCGUGGCUGGCAUCGUCGCCAUCGUUCUGGCAAAUGCACAGCGAUGUUACCAGGAUGCUAGAGCUGUCGCUGUCGAGGAGAUGCAACAUGGCUACCCUCUGAGUCACCGUGUGAUACGCAGACACGUGGUUCGAAACCCCGGACAAAGAAGCAAGAUGGAUACUCUCACAGUACCGCCGUGA